AUGUCUCAGAGUCAUUUAGACAUUUUCAACCCUGGGACUGACGUUGUGAGCCUGCCCUCGUUCACGCAGUUCUCAUCACUCCCAGCAGAGAUACGAGCCUCAAUAUGGACAUGGUCUCUACGAAAUCAAAGAAUCAUCAAAAUCUUCCUCAGGUCGCACGCCAGCUUCUGUGUAAAUCGUACUAGGAAGGGCAUUCACUCUCCUUCGCUAAAACCCGGGGAGGAUGAUCUACCCUACUAUCUGGCUGUUAACGGCCGCCAACUCCUCAGCAAGCUUCUCAGAGUCAAUGCAGAAUCCAGACAGGUAGCGCUGUCGUUUCAUAGGGUUCAUCUCCCCUGUUGGUUGACGGUCGGAGAAUCCAAACAUCGCCUCACCCCCUGGACUUCCGGAACGGUCCAUUAUAAUCCUGAAUAUGAUUUUUUCCAUAUAAAGCAAGACACGAAGGCUAUAAUUGACUUUGUCUGCGACUUGAAGACAAAGUAUGAUCCGCGUAAUAUCGGACUCAGAAACCUUGCCCUCGGCCGCGAUCAGCUGGGAGGACGUCCAACCGGUCUUGACGCAAUAGGGCCAUCAGAAAUUACAUCCGCAAAAGUGAGAACCUUCAAGGAAAUUAUCAGUGAGCUCAAUGAAGUUUGGUUGGUCUCUAUCCAGGAAUGCACUCGUCAGAUGAUUGGCGAUGAAACUGGAUGGCCAACAAUCCACAAGAGGUUCCUCGACAGAUCAUUUCCCAUUCAUGCUACACCGCACAGCUUCGAUCGUAUUGGGCCUGAUCCUCGUACUAUCGAAAACUAUCUAAGCCAUCUUCACGUCCACGAUCCAAAGCGUUUAUAUGAUUCAUGGCUUCAAGUUCUCGAAAGGAUAGGAGUAAAACCAUGUGAAGAACGAUACCGUCUGUUGCUCGCUUUCCGUCCUGGUUACAACAUAUGUAAGCUCAGGGAUGCUGAGGAUUGGUUGCAGCGGGAAGAAAGUAGAUGGACAGCAAAGCCUGACAGUAGGAGGCCUUCCUAUGAACAAGAAAUAGAGAGUGUUGCAGCUUCGGAAACCCCAGAAAUUCGAGAUGAAGAUCUCAGCAAGGCUGUGAGGCCGGCUUUUGGAUUUUGGCUUUUUCCUGUCGAUGCAUUCUCCGAUGAGAACAAAUCUGCAGAGCCACAGGAUACGAGUGAUUCUUUUGAUGUUAGAAAGCAUCGGCCUGAGCUGAUGCUCCUCAGGCUGAAUGGAGGGAAGACGGAUCGGAAUGUGUCGGAAGAGGUUGAGGCUCACCAUAGUAUCGCCUUUGAACCUCGGUUACAAGGACUACCGAUGCGAAAGAAAAUAACAUCAAAUUUCGGGAGAAUUAGACGUCCUCGUCCGUCGUAUACUACCGAAGAGGUGAGUCAAGAGUCAUGA